AUGGCUCUCAACGCCGUAGCCCCGGUGUCGCCGCUGGCCACUGAGAGCGCGCCUGUCGUCGGCGCAGCCGACGGCCAGACGGCUUCGCUUCCAGUUUCUCCAGUUGCAGCCUUAUCUCACGGGUCAACACCCCCGUCGCCGUCUGCAACCGGACCUAGGGAGACUGUGCCCAAGGCCGAAGACAGCCCCGCGGGCUCGAAAGCCGGCAGUCGGCGCCCGUCCUUCUUGGGACUUCGCAAGCAUCGCGCCGACCAGGGCAAUGAGACGGAGAACGGUGAAGAAACGCGACACAGCCGCCGCAACAGCUUCGCAACGAAGGCCAAGGCCCUUCUUGGGAAGUCGAAGAAGACAGACGCCACGUCCGUCAACGAAGAGACUGACAGUUAUGUGGGUGGGACUGCCGAGGCCAACGAAGAGAAGAUUGAAAUGACCCGAAGUCCGAAAGCAGAAUCGCGCACAGACAAGUGGAGACGCCGUCUUUCUCUCUCGCGCGAUCGCUCUGUCGAGCUCAUCGCUGGCACCGAAGACGGGGCCUUGGGUUGCCGCGCCCCUGGAUCGGAGCCCGCUUCGCCGAAAAACGACGCCUCUGAAUCCCGCUUGGGCCGCCUGAAGAGAAGACUCUCUCUGUCAAAAGAUGGCGACCGAAGCCGCCGCCCUUCUCAUGUUGGAGAGGCCGAAAUCGCUGCGAGGGAAAAUGCUCCAGAGAAGGAGACUGAGACGGCUAACGGACCAGAAGCGUCGCCCGUACAGGUUUCUCGAGUUGCUAAAGAAGAAGCCGCAAGUGAACCCAAGGCAACACUUGAAGGGUCUGAGGCAAACACAGCGGAGGCUUCACCUACGAAUGGAAAAUCGGAAUCCCGAGUGGACCGAUGGAAACGCCGCCUUUCCCUCUCGCGCGACUGCUCAGUUGAGAGAAACGACAAGGGCGAAAAUAUCCCCAAGAGCCCAGUAGCUGAGGAAGAAAGCAAUGCCAGACGAUUUCUGCACCGUCUGUCGAUCUCUUCCCGCGACGAAAAGCGCAACUCGGAUUCGGAACGGGAAGGCGAAGCGAAGGAAGGUCGCAUGUCUCGUCUGAGGCGAAGACUGUCGAUCUCCAAGAAGGACAAGAAAUCCGAAGAACAGGAGCAAGGGGAAAGAUCUGAGGUAGAGAAGGAAAGUCGCGGACGACGCAUUCUUAGGAGACUGUCUGUCAGCUCGCGCAAGUCUGCACAAGAAGAGGGUGAAGGCGCCAACACCCAAGAGAGCACUUCCUCGAAACUGAGGCGCCGCCUGUCCCUUUCUUCUCGUGCCUCCCGCGCUAGCCGUGAAGGCAGCAUCUGCUCCAAUGAUGGAGAAGACAAGAAGGAGGGCAACACUUGGCGCCGCCGGCUUUCUCUCCGAUCGCGCUCUCGAGAACCCCCGCUCCCCUGCCCGGCGGGUCAGCAGACGCGCAAGUCCCUCAAGGAGAAGGUGAAGGGACUAGUCAAGCGCCGCAACUCUCGCGCAGAGGAUAUGGAGCGCGUUGAACAGCUUCACAACCCCGACUACAAGCCGGGCACCCACAAAAUCGAAUUCGAGUCCAGCGAAGAGGAAUCUGAGAAGGAAGACGAAGUCUUUGACAUGGAACCCAGCCAAGGUGCGGGAAACUUAACCGAGGGCUUUGCUGUCUCGUCUGAGUCAUCCCCCGUUGCCUCUUCCCAUCCAGAAACGGAGGCAGCGAACCAUUUCCCUGUGGACGAACACGUCUCAGAGACAGUGACGCGCCUGGAAACUCCCAAAGAUUUCGACGACUGGAUGCAUAGUGCAGCCGAUGUCGAUGCAGGCAUCCAUCUCGCGCCUGAUGACACUGAGGAGACUUCCCGGACAGUGCAUACGCCGCGCGCCGAGAGGAAAGAAGACGACAGCAUGUUUGGGAUGUUCUGCUGUGGAGUAGAGGGAAAGGAGACCGCAGACGAACGGCAAAGGUGGAAGGAGGCCCUCCGAUACUCGUGCUCCAAGAUGCGCCCUCAAGAAAAGAUCUUCAUGCAACAGCCCCUGGUUUGCCGGGAGCUUGGCUUUGAUGACUUUGAGUCUGGCCACAAGCUCUGCUACGCCCCCACAGAGUAUUCCCUCGAAAUUGAGAAAGCAUUUUAA